GCCGCCCUUCCCUGCCGCGGGCGCUAUGGCGGCCGCCACGAGCUGCGGCCGGGCGGCGCUGGGCGCGCUGCGCCGGGAUGGCGGCGGGGCCGCGGCGCCGUGGCGGCGGCUCCUGCCCCCGGUUCGCCCCGCCCUGCCCCGGGUGCCCGCCCGCGGCAAAGCCGGGCCCGGGCGGGUCGUGACGGUGGAGGUGGGCGGCAGAAAGAUGGAGCUGUCUUCUGGAAAACUUGCCAAGUUUGCUGAUGGAUCUGCUGUUGUUCAGCUAGGUGACACAGCAGUGAUGGUCACAGCAGUCAGCAAAACCAAGCCCUCUCCAUCUCAGUUUAUGCCAUUAGUGGUUGACUACCGUCAGAAAGCUGCUGCAGCAGGAAGAAUUCCUACAAACUAUCUAAGAAGAGAGCUUGGCUCCACUGACAAAGAAAUUCUUACAAGCAGAGUAAUAGAUCGGUCAAUCAGGCCACUCUUCCCAGCAGGCUACUUUUAUGAUACACAGAUCCUUUGUAAUCUUUUAGCAGUAGAUGGUGUCAAUGAUCCUGACAUUCUGGCAAUUAAUGGAGCUUCUGCAGCACUUGCCUUGUCUGAUAUCCCCUGGAAUGGUCCUAUUGGUGCAGUAAGAGUAGGGCUAGUGGAUGGAGAGACUGUUAUCAACCCAACUCGAAAAGAAAUGGCCUCUAGUGCUCUGAAUUUAAUUGUUGCUGGAGCUCCACACAGCCAAGUUGUUAUGCUGGAAGCAACUGCUGAGAACAUCUUGCAGCAAGAUUUCUGCCAUGCCAUCAAAGUGGGGGUGAAGCAGAGCCAGCAGAUCAUCCAGGGCAUUCAGCAGCUGGUGAAGGAGCAGGGUGUGGUCAAGAGAACUGUCCAGAAAUUAUUUAUUGCUCCUGAAGAGAUCGUGGAGCUUGCAAAGAAACUUGCUUCUAACAAGAUCUAUGCAGUGUUCACAGAUUCAAGCCACGAUAAAAUUUCCAGAGAUGAGGCAAUCAACAAAAUAAGGCUUGAAACAGAAGAACAGCUGAAAGAAAAAUUUCCGGAGGCUGAGCCUUACGAAAUCAUGGAAUCUUUCAAUGUGGUUUCAAAGGAUAUUUUUAGAAAUCUUGUGCUAAAUGAAUAUAGAAGGUGCGAUGGGAGAGAUUUGACUUCCCUCAGAGACAUUAAAUGUGAAGUGAACAUGUUCAAAAUGCUUCAUGGAUCAGCCUUAUUUCAAAGAGGUCAAACACAGGUUCUGUGUACAGUUACAUUUGACUCCCUGGAAUCAAGUGUAAAAUCAGAUGUUAUCUCCACAGCAGUGAGUGGAAUAAAAGAAAAGAACUUCAUGCUGCAUUAUGAGUUUCCACCUUAUGCAACCAAUGAGAUUGGCAAAGUUACUGGGGUGAACAGAAGAGAGCUUGGACAUGGUGCACUGGCAGAACGAGCUUUGAAACCAGUUAUACCCCAGGAUUUCCCAUUCACAAUCAGAGUUACUUCUGAAGUCUUAGAAUCAAAUGGGUCCUCCUCAAUGGCUUCUGCAUGUGGUGGAAGUUUAGCAUUAAUGGAUGCAGGAGUUCCAGUGUCAAAUGCAGUGGCAGGGGUAGCCAUAGGCCUGGUUACCAAGUGCAGCCAGGGGAAGGGGGAUAUCGAGGACUAUCGCGUGCUGACAGACAUCCUGGGAAUUGAAGAUUACUAUGGGGAUAUGGAUUUCAAGAUGGCAGGCACCAGCAAAGGGAUAACAGCACUGCAGGUUGAUCUCAAGUUGCCAGGAAUACCAAUAAAAAUUGUGGUGGAAGCUAUUCAGCAAGCUACAGCUGCAAAGAGGGAGAUUCUACAAAUUAUGAACCAAACACUGGCAAAACCCAGACCUAACAGGAAAGAAAGUGGACCAGUUGUAGAAACUAUCCACGUUCCCUUAUCAAAAAGAUUAAGAUUUGUUGGUCCUGGGGCUUACAAUUUGAAAAAACUUCAAGCACAGACUGGUGUGACUGUGAGUCAGCUGGAUGAAGAGACAUAUUCAGUGUUUGCCCCCACACCAGGGGCAAUGCAUGAAGCCAGGGAAUUCAUUGGGGAAAUCUGCAAAGAUGAUCAAGAAGUUAAUUUGGAAUUUGGGGCAAUUUAUACAGCCACAAUUACUGAACUAAGAGAUUCUGGAGUGAUGGUAAAACUGUACCCAAACAUGACCCCAGUAUUACUUCAUAAUUCACAGCUGGAUCAAAGAAAGAUUAAACACCCUAGUGCCCUGGGAUUAGAAGUUGGACAAGAAAUUCAGGUUAAGUACUUUGGCCGUGACCCCACGGAUGGCAGAAUGAGGCUGUCACGGAAAAUCCUGCAGGCCCCAGCCAGCAGCACCCUGAAAACCCUGACAGACAAAAACAGCAUUGUCCUGGGAGGGGCUGUUCCACAGACAUCCACCUCAUCCCAGUGACAG